AUGUUCCGAACAGCUCUUCUCAAAUCCGCGCGUAGCGCUACAUGCCAGGCUGUACGGUGGUCAGCGCCAAUUGCUCGCCCAGCUGUUUCCGGUGCUUUCGUCACCAAAUCACAAUUCGCCCCGACUGCGUUCCAAGGGUUAAGAUGCUAUUCUGCCGCGGCCGGUCUCAAGAAGCAGGAGGUAGAAGGAAGAAUAGUCGAUUUAUUGAAGAACUUUGAUAAAGUCACCGACCCAAGUAAAAUUACUUCUACAUCUCACUUCGCAAACGAUCUUGCCUUGGACAGUUUGGAUACCGUUGAGGUUGUGAUGGCGAUCGAGGAGGAGUUUAGUAUCGAGAUCCCGGACAAGGAGGCGGAUGCUAUCCACAGUAUUGACAAGGCCGUAGAGUACAUUCUUGCGCAGCCAGAUGGUGGUUGA